AUGAGUAUCUCUAGUCAUGACGAGUGUAUAUGCUUUGUAGGUGUGUCUAUGAUAAAUCUAGCAGUAUGGGAGAAGUUCCUCAAGAGCUUCGCCUCCUUCAUAGUGGACAUGAUAGACCGAGUGUUUGCUGGCAUUAUGGCAGCGGUUAUCAAAGCGAUCACUGAUAGUGAAGUGGAGCAGGAGUAUGAUGUGGUGAGAGCUCUCAACUUCAUAGCAUGGUCCCUUGAUUUUCAAAGACAGAGUCAUGAGUAUCAUGUAGCAGCAAUGAAGCAUGAUAGAGCAGUUGCUGUGGCUGAAGCUACUCAAGCAGGAACGCCAUUACCACCUCCUGUUGAGCUCACCGAGAUGGUGAUUGAUAUCACAUCUGUGGAGCCUGCUUUGAAUGUCGAAGCCACUGAGUUAGUGGCUAGGCAACUGAGGGUACACUCUAAGGAGGCUAAGAGUCUCAAGAAGGGUGGUGCUAGGAAUGUUGUGGUAUUAAGAGCACUGUUGGAACAGAUACGAAUGAUACGUACAUGUCUACGCUCCCCUGAUAAGGAGACUGCACAUGUGGCUGAGAUGUUAUUGAGUAAUGUAUUAUAUGAGGAUGUCCAAACACAGUUAGUAUGGCUAUGCAAGACUGGAUUCAAGAGUACGGUAGCUGAUCCAAGAGUCCUUACUCUUAGUGUCCAGUGUUUAUCUGAGCUCUUGAAAGCUAUGGAGAAGGUGGUACAGCGAACGGGUAACAAGUAUAAGUUCGCUGCGGGUAAGCGUAGACGUCGACGUAAAGGGGGUAAGAAAGGGAAACGCGGCAAGUCCAAGAAGUCUGCUGGGGUUGCUGCUGUUGAGGAGGAGGAGGAGCAGCAGCAUAUGGAAGGGGAAGGACGGGUAUCGGAUAGUGAGGUGGAUACUGGGGACGACGACGAUAAGGAGGAGGAGGACAAUGCUGGUGUAGAGGAUUAUGAUAAUAUUAGAGCGGCUGAUACCUCUGCGGAAGCU